CAAGCGGGAGCUCUAUAGUGUUGGUCAUCAGUGCAGCGGCUGUGUUUAUUAGCUAUUACUGCUCAUAUGAGCGCCUGAUCCGUCAGGUCUGAGCAUGUCAGAUUUCGAGGAGUUCGAGAAACAGCUGAACGAGAAUCGACAAGAGAGAGAGCGGGAGAGGCACAAGAGAAGGAGUCGCAGUAGCUCUGCUGGCCACAGUAAGAAACGGCGCAGCUGGAGCAAAGACAGAAGCAGUCGCAGCAGAGGAAAGCGCAGCCGCAGUCGAGAGCGUAAGAGCCGAGACCACAGGAGCAGCUCUAGAGAUCAUAAGAAACACAGCUAUUCUCCACGUCGAACAAGGAAGAAAAAGAUGUGCAAAUAUUGGGACGUUCCCCCUCCAGGCUUUGAGCACAUAACUCCAAUGCAGUACAAAGCCAUGCAAGCUGCUGGGCAGAUCCCCAGCAUUGCUCUACUGGCUACAUCCACUAAUGCUGGUUUGGCAGUCGCUCCCACACAGGUGCCCAUCGUUGGCAGUCAGAUGACCAGGCAAGCGCGGCGUCUGUAUGUUGGUAACAUCCCAUUCGGCGUCACUGAGGAGUCCAUGGCUGAAUUCUUCAAUACCCAGAUGAGACUUGCAGGGCUGUCUCAAGCUCCAAGCAGUCCUGUGCUCGCAGUGCAGAUCAACCAGGACAAGAACUUUGCUUUCUUAGAGUUUCGAUCAGUGGAUGAAACCACUCAGGCCAUGGCAUUUGACGGCAUUAUCUUUCAAGGACAGUCGCUGAAGAUCAGACGUCCACAUGACUACCGCCCUCUGCCCGGCAUCUCUGAGCAGCCUGCUUUUCAUGUCCCAGGUGUCGUGUCCACAGUUGUACCAGACUCCCAUCAUAAACUCUUCAUUGGAGGUCUGCCAAAUUAUCUCAAUGAUGAUCAGGUUAAAGAGCUCCUGACGUCAUUCGGUCCUCUCAAAGCCUUCAACCUUGUGAAAGACAGUGCCACAUCACUGUCCAAAGGCUAUGCUUUCUGUGAAUAUGUGGAUAUCAGCGUUACUGAUCAAGCGGUAGCUGGAUUACAUGGCAUGCAGCUCGGCGAUAAAAAGCUCAUCGUCCAGCGGGCAAGUGUGGGUGCCAAGAAUGCCAAUCCUACCGCUGUUGUCGAGACGCCCAUCACGCUCCAGGUCCCAGGACUGCAGAGGAUGCAGAACUCAGGCCUGCCGACGGAGGUGCUCUGUCUGCUGAACAUGGUCAUGCCGGAGGAGCUGCUGGACGACGAGGACUACGAGGAGAUCCUGGAGGACAUCCGUGAGGAGUGCUGCAAGUACGGCACUGUGCGCUCUAUCGAGAUCCCCAGGCCGGUGGAUGGUGUCGAGGUGCCAGGCUGUGGGAAGAUAUUCGUAGAGUACGUGUCUGCUGCAGAAUGCCAGAAGGCCAUGCAGGCACUGACAGGACGCAAGUUUGCUAACCGCGUGGUGGUCACGAAAUACUACGAUCCAGACAUGUACCACAGGCACGAGUUCUGAGGGAAGAUACUGAGAAGAGAGCUGUUUGUGCCAUCUGAGUGUGAAGUUUCAAUGAGCUGUAUGUAGUUUUACACUUAUUGUCUUCUACUUCCACUUAUCAAUUUCUUUUCCAUAUUGAAAUACAAAAAAAAUUGACGUAAGUAUCCAAGUAGGAGAUAUUUUUAGACAUCUAAUAUCAACGAAACAGUGUCAAGCGAUCUCUUCUAUGUUAAGGGGCGUUCAUACAUGCAGUGAUUUACACUAAUGAAGUGACCAGAAGUUAGACUUUUUUAAAUAAGAAUUGGUAAUUUCCAGAAGCAAGCAGGUAACAGGCAGUGUGACCUAAUGUGAUGUGAUGCAGGCAUGUUCCUCUGGAUCCAUGUGAACCUCCUGCAGUUCAUUCACGAACCCCACUUUGGGAAACCCUGGCAUACUGUAAUGUUUAAUACACAUCAUGGAAUAGAUUUUCUUAUGAGUUAGGGCAAAUGUAAUCUAAAAGUAAUCAAAAAGUCGUCAGAAUACGUUACCUAAUAUUUAUAAUCCAAUAGAUUACAUUACAAACUACUCUUUCUAUACAAAUUACAUACCCCUCUAAAAAUUACUAAAUGUCAGUUUAUACUGACAUCUUAUUUUUAACUAGCAAUUU